GUGCAAAUUCGUCAGCAGCUGCAGGCUUUGGUUUCGUCGGGAGGGUCACACAAAGACCAUGACAAGUAUAGGGCUGUGCUGGACAACAUUCUCAAAGUUGGUAAUGAAAAUGAUAUGGCAGAAGGCCUUCAAGCAUUCAUUGAAGCAAUUGUGAAAGAGACAGUAAGCUUAGUAAUAUCAAGACAGCUGCUCUCAGAUGUGUCUACACACCUUACCUCAAUGGCAGACCAUGUUGCCAAGACUGUCGCACAUUUUACACUUGAUAAAGUACAACCUCGAGUCAUAAGUUUUGAGGAGCAAGUAGCCAGUAUCAGGCAGCACUUGGCAGACAUUUAUGAACGUGAAAGCUCAUGGAGGGAUGCUGCUGCUGUUCUUACUGGUAUUCCACUGGAAACCGGGCAAAAACAGUAUAGUGUCGAUUAUAAACUUGAGACAUACCUCAAGAUUGCUCGUUUAUAUCUCGAAGAUGAUGACCCAGUACAAGGAGAAGCUUACAUUAAUCGUGCUAGUAUUUUGCAGGCAGAGUCAAAGAGUGAGCAACUACAAAUUUAUUACAAAGUUUGUUAUGCACGUGUGUUGGAUUAUCGUCGCAAAUUCAUAGAAGCUGCCCAGCGUUACAAUGAACUGUCAUAUAGGCCAAUUAUUCAUGAGGAUGAACGUAUGGAGGCUCUCAAAAAGGCUUUAAUAUGCACUGUGCUGGCAUCAGCAGGGCAGCAGCGUUCAAGAAUGCUGGGCACACUUUUCAAGGAUGAGAGAUGCCAGCAGCUACCUUGCUACCACAUCUUGGAGAAGAUGCACCUGGACCGCAUCAUCCGUCACAAUGAACUCACAGAGUUCCAAAACAUGUUGCAACCUCACCAGCAAGCAACCACUGCUGAUGGUUCUACAAUUUUGGAUCGUGCAGUGACAGAGCAUAAUUUACUGGCUGCAAGCAAGCUAUAUAACAAUAUUACUUUCCCGGAACUGGGUGCUCUGCUCCAGAUUUCCCCAGCCAAAGCAGAGAAGAUUGCAAGUCAGAUGAUCACAGAGGGACGAAUGAAUGGCUACAUUGAUCAGAUUGAUGGCAUCCUACACUUUGAGGCUCGUGAUGUCCUUCCCCAAUGGGACAAACAGAUCCAGUCUCUCUGUUUCCAAGUAAAUGGAAUAAUAGAAAAAAUCAACACAGCACAUCCAGAAUGGGUAGCCAAGAUCAUGGAUGAACAGAUGGUGCAGUGAAGAUAUUUCGAUAUUAAUUUUAAGUAUAAUGAAGUAAAUAAGGAAUUUCCUGUCUAUAUGUAAACUUAUUCACAUACAUAUUUACAGAUCCAUAGAAAAAAAAAAUUGUUAAUUAUUCUUCUUUGAAGUUAUUUGAGUUAUUUGUCAAUAAAUUAUCUAUCCAGUGUUAUUUCAAAAAUUAUUACACAUCCAUAGAAAAAAGUACAUUUUACUGGACUUUGUUAAUUAUUCCUCCUUUGAAGAGUUAUUUGUCAAUAAAUUAUCUGCCCAGUGUUAUUUCAAAAAAUGUUACUGAUGUAUAUUAUUUAAUAUCUUGGCCAAUGAGCAAUUGCAAGGUUUCAUUGCAGUCUUAAUAGUUUUAGACUGCAAAAAAAUAUAAUUGAGUCAGAUAUGUACCUCUCAUAUACAAUAAGCACUAUCCUUCACUAGCAGUCAGUUAUGAGUUUUGUUUUGUUUGUGAUUGACAUGGCCCAGUUGAUAAAUUAAAUCGAAAAAAUUAAAAAAAAAGUGGGAUUUCUUUCUACUAACCAGUACUGUUAUAAUGGAAUACAUUCUAGACAUUUAUGGAACUUAAAGAUUCUGUAUUCAUAAUUUUGAAUACAGUUUGCAGAACCCAGUGUCUUGUAAUGAAUCAGUGAUAGGUGAUGAACUUUGUUGAAUUCAACAUUAGUGACUGGAAUUUCUAUUUAGGUUCAUUUCUGGUUGAAGCCAAAGUUAUCAUUGUGCUGCUGGUACCAGAUUAUCCUAAAAUUGCCAGAAAAGGUCUUAACAUUCAUAACCAAAAGCCCAAACAGACAAACUCUCUACUUAACACAUGCUUAACAAUUUGAGUAGGAUUUGUUUGAGAUUUUGUAAUCUGAAAAAAAAAAAAAAAAAAAACUCAUACAAAAGUAAUUUUAAAAAAUAUUUUAACUCAACACUGUAAUCACUGUAGCUUCUGAAAAUGACUGGCUUACAUGAAAUGGCUGUGUAACUCUGUCUCUACACUUGCAAUGGUAGUUUUUUUAUCAGAGGUUAAAGAUAGUAAGAAAAAGAUGGAGUGAAAAUGCUUAAGAUAAAUUGGAAUAACUCCAGGCAGAAGUGUACCCAUCACCAAAAAACAAAUCACAUUGUUUAAGGACUUAGUCCAUGUGUGUGGUGCAUAUGGAACCCUGUAAAUUACUCCCUGCACUUUUUGAUUGAAGAGUUAAACAUAGAGUCUACAUAUUGGUUAAGGGGACCAUCUGUAUUUUUGUGGGGUAUUUUUGUGUCAGGUCCAUAGGUAUUGUUUUUUUAUGCUCAUCAAUGUGCAUAUAUUUUUUUCUUUUCUUUUUUUUCUUUUUUGUUCUUUUUAAAUCAUUACACUCUGGUAACUCCCCAGCAAAGAUAAGGGAAAGAAAUAUUUUGACAUGGUUUUAACCCUAGAAAAGCUACCCUUAUCAUUUUGUUGUUUUUCAUGCUAAUAAAUACCUCUUUCCUGCUUCAAAAUUAAGGAACCAAAUAUAUUCACAUAUAUUUCAUCAAGUCUGAAUUUUCAUCUAGUUGUUCCUUCAAUAUGAUGCUUAUGCCAUUAAUUAUAUGAGAAUUUUCUUUUAAUGUAGGAAAGUAGCAACUUUUAUUUUCCAAAGAUACAAUAGCUAGGAACUAAUUUCUAAAAAUUAAUCAUGCCGGAAAAGGAACUGUAUUGAAUUGCAGAUAGUCUCACACCCAAUUAUCACUUUCCAAAUGUUUAUUUAGAAUAAAAGAUAUUAAAGGAAA